GCGUAUACUUAAAGUAAAAGUAACUUCAAAAUUAUUUGGGUCUCUUUCAUUUGGAUGCUGCAUUCCACAUCCCUACGAGCUCCAGAGCAAAAAUGGAAUCUGAUGCACUGACAUGGGGAGACAAACUCAUGCUAUGGGGAUUGUCAUUCCAUGGUUUUCAUGGAGCAAAGCCCGAAGAAAGGACGCUGGGCCAGAAGUUCUUCAUAGAUAUAGAUGCUUGGAUGGAUCUCAAAGCAGCUGGCAAAUCUGAUCACUUAUCAGAUACCGUUUGUUACACAGAAGAAAUAUAUGAUAUAGCUAAGGAAGUUCUUGAAGGCUCACCUCACAACCUUCUGGAGUCUCUGGCCCAAAAAAUUGCAAUUACUAUCACAAAUCAUAAAGAAAUAUCUGCUGUUCGAGUGAAGGUUGGAAAGCCUCAUGUUUACUGCUUAGGCGUUGAGAUUCUUAGACGCAGAAGUUUCAUAUUUACUGCUGCAGAAUUUUUAUAUUUUCACGUUCCACUUGAGACAAAAGCAACGUAACUCUUUCCUUCAUGCCCCAUUAGUCUUUUAUCUCGUAUCAAUCUUGCUAAUGAAAUUACAAGAUCAAAGUCAGGCAUAUUAAAGGAACUAAUCAAUUAAUGUGGAUUCUCCAAAA